GCCCUGCGUCAACAGGAGCCUGGGGUAUAUAAGACACAGCCACCUGAAUACCAAGCUUAAGACACUUCAGCAGAGGAAAGAAGCAUCUUUUGACUCUCACUGACUUUGACGCAGUCUGAACACUAGUUUGGCAUUUGUGAACUCGGUUUCAGCAUCUCUCUCAUUUUUUUGUUUCUCUCCGCUCCCUCAGUCGUCGUGUCAGCAUGCAGCUUUUAGCCAGCUUGGUGUCUCUGCUGCUGGUGCUGUACAGUGUGAGAGCAGCGGUCGUGCUUCCAGCGGAGGAAAGGAGUCCCGCACACACCAGGGAACCGAGUAAGGAACGAAAGGAGAUGAUCCUCAAGAUGGUCUCCAGUCUGCUGGACGGCGUGGACAACAACAUGCUGGCCGGAGAUCUCCUUCCUCUGGAGGAGGAAGAACCCAUCGAUUCUCGUCUGGAAGAGAGAGCCGUGUACAACCGGCUAGCGCAGCUGCCCCAGAGAGACCGCAAAGCCCCAUGUAAGAAUUUCUUCUGGAAGACGUUCACAUCGUGCUAACCCUAUGCUCCAUCCAAAUGAUCUCUGCUCCUCCUUAAAACCUUACAUGAACUGUGCACACCAUUACUGUAAAUAUCAUCGGCGCCAUCCAAUGAGGGGUGUUCAUGGACUUUACAGAUGCAGAAAGAUUGUUAAAGCUAUCGAUGAUUAUAUUUAUCUAUUUAUUGAUUUACUAUUUAUUUAUGUAUGUUUUUGAACAUCUCAAACCAAUAAAGCAUGGUUAUGACAUUGGCUUUUGGAUAAGGGAUGCCUCAAUGUCUCAAAGUGUCCAGCUCCUAAGAAAAGAAAAAAAAAAAGCAUUCAAUCAUUUUAUCCCAAUGGAUAAAUAAACAUCAUUGGUGUAUUUUUGUGGUUUGCUUGUCAAGGUGUAAUAAAUAUUUUAAGACAUGAUAAUUUCUCUAUCACUGGCUAUAACGAUUACCGAGUUUAUUUAUUUUUAUUGUGUAUGUUUUUUCUUUUCAUUUCCUCUUCCUUACUUCAUUACAUUUUUAUUACUCGGAGAAAUACAUCAGUGCUCCAGAGCAUUACAAAUCGCAAGUGUGUAAUCAGUGGAUAGGGAAACAAUUGAGUUUCUGUGGCAAUAUUUAUUUAUUUUUCCUUCUACAUUUCUUCUCACAGAUACUCACGUGAGUGCGGCAUCUCUUACUCACGGCAGUGAUAUUAAAUAAAACGUGUUCUCCUAUUUUCACGUCUGUCCUUUCAGUCUAUAGCUUUUAGACCAUCACAAGCCCUGAGUACAUAAUUUUGCAUAACUGCCUCUCAACUAUUAUAAAUCUUUUAGAAUGAAUCAUUUCCUAUAAUUCAUAGUAUCAUACAUCGUAAUAUAAAAUUAAGAGCAUUCUAAAAGAACCAGCAUGCUGUAUGUUUUAGUAGAUAUGAAAUAAGUUCUAAUUAAAUGCAGGUAAUUAUAUAAGUAAAAGUAGCGAGGUAUGUCAGGCUUUAUUAAGUCGGCACCCCCUAAUCUGUCUCAUGUCAUUACAUCUCUCCUUAUGCAACGGCAUGAAAUGCAAAGUGUUUACCCAGAGGCUGAGCUGAGGCGAUAACAUUACUGCCUGAAUCACUGCAAGCAAAUGACUCAUCAGCAUGAAUUCUCAGCAUGUUAGAGAAGUUUGAUUCUGGAUGGUAAACUUUGCGAAAACAUUUAUUCAGAAGAAAUCUUUCAACAUUCUGUAUUGCUCGUGAUGUAGUUUAUGGCACACGAUGCAGCAGAAGGGUGACACCAUUAGGUUUCUCCUUGUGAACGAAUAACGUACAUAUAUUACUACUAUAUAUACAAAUAUACAUCUUUCUAUUACUACUAUAUACAUCUGUUUAUUAUACUAUUUACACUAUUAUAUAUUAACAUACGUUAGUCUAUUAUACUAAAUAUAUAUUAUACUAUACUAUAUUAUUAAUAUACAAUUAUGUUGGUCUAUUACUACUAUACACUAAUAUACAUCUGUGGAUUAUUUCUACAUAAUGAUAAAUAUCCACAUAUUACUACUAUACCUUAAUGUACAUCUGUAUAUUACUUUUAUAUAUUAAUGCAUAUCCAUGACUGCUAUAUACUCCUAUGCAUCUAUUACUACUAUUUUAAUAUGCAUAUGUCUAUUGCUACUAUAUGCUACUAUCAUUUGUAUAUUUCUACUAUAUACUAAUAUACUAU